CCAACCAUUGGCUGGUUUCGCCUCACGGUGAGGCCGCGCGCUCAACGUGAGUCACUGAAGCCGAGCGGGGCCAUGGCGGUCGAGUGAGCCAGCGAGCCCGCAAAGAGGGGCCGGGGCGGGCGCGUGGGGUGCGUGCGGGGCGCCUGUCAGAGAGGAGCCCGCCGCUCUUUGCUCGUCGGGAAGGAGAAUCGGCUGCAGCCUCGGGAUGUUCGUCGCGCGCAGCAUUGCGGCCGACCACCGCGACCUCAUCCACGAUGUGUCCUUUGACUUCCACGGGCGGCGGAUGGCGACCUGCUCCAGUGACCAGAGCGUGAAGGUUUGGGACAAAGGUGAAAAUGGAGAAUGGCACUGUACUGCUAGCUGGAAGACGCACAGUGGCUCCGUGUGGCGUGUGACAUGGGCCCAUCCAGAGUUUGGACAGGUCUUGGCAUCCUGUUCUUUUGACAGAACAGCUGCCGUAUGGGAAGAAAUAGUGGGAGAAUCAAAUGAUAAACUGCGAGGACAGAGUCACUGGGUAAAGAGGACUACUCUCGUGGACAGUAGGACAUCAGUUACAGAUGUAAAGUUUGCCCCCAAGCAUAUGGGUCUUAUGCUAGCAACAUGUUCAGCAGAUGGCGUUGUUAGGAUAUAUGAAGCUCCAGAUGUUAUGAAUCUCAGUCAGUGGUCUCUUCAGCAUGAAAUUUCAUGUAAACUAAGCUGCAGCUGUAUUUCCUGGAAUCCUUCAAGCUGUCGAGCUCAUGCUCCCAUGAUAGCUGUAGGAAGUGAUGAUAGCAGUCCAAAUGUCCUUGCAAAAGUUCAGAUUUACGAAUACAAUGAAAAUACCAGGAAGUAUGCGAAAGCAGAAACUCUUAUGACCGUCACAGAUCCUGUGCAUGAUAUUGCCUUUGCUCCAAACCUGGGGAGGUCUUUUCAUAUUUUAGCUGUAGCUACCAAAGAUGUCCGAAUUUUCACACUGAAGCCUAUCAGAAAAGAACUGACUGCUUCAUCUGGACUGACAAAAUUUGAAGUUCAGUUAGUGGCUCAAUUUGACAACCACAAUUCCCAAGUCUGGCGGGUGAGCUGGAACAUUACAGGCACAGUGCUUGCCUCAUCCGGAGAUGAUGGAUGUGUAAGGCUGUGGAAAGCUAACUACAUGGACAACUGGAAGUGCACUGGAAUUCUGAAAGGUAAUGGAAGUCCAGUCAAUGCUAGCUCCAGUCAGCAGGGAGUUUUUAAUGCUCCUUUGGGCACAGCCAAUCCAAGCCUCCAGAAUUCAGUCAAUGGGACAUCUGCUGGCAGGUAUUUCUUUCCCCCUCUGGAUUCCCCACGGGCUGGAUCAAGGUGGUCCAGUUAUGCCCAGCUCCUACCUCCUCCUCCUCUGAUAGAGCACUCUUGUGAUGCUGACACAGCCAAUCUCCAGUAUCCUCACCCUCGCAGACGAUAUAUCUCUCGACCUCUUAAUCUAUUACGGGAAUAUGAAGGGGUUCUGUGUCAAGUACUCAUUGGAAUGGAAGACUUCAAAUACAUUGCCGAUGAAACAUUUCCAAGCUUCUUGACCAACUCACUUUCUAGUCGCCCCAGUGAAAUUUGGGACAAUAUUACAAUAGCAUCAAACCUUGGUUUACCAGUUGCUGCUUCAACUGAAGCUAGACAGAAAACUGACUGUCGUGAAAGACUUUGUGAUCAGGCAUCUUAUGUGGAAGAGAGAUUGUCUACUCAGUCACCCUUGUCAAACAAUGGUGAAUCUGCCUCUGAUCCAAGGAGGAAGCUUAUAAUAGACAACUGUAAUGAACCUAUAGAAACACACCUGAAAUCAGUCCAGAAAGAAGAAUUUAAUUCUUUGCAGGGAACGAAUUGCAAUGAUGACUGCUUGGGGAACAGUCAGGAUACUCUGUGUGAUAUUCCCCUUGAACAUCUGGAGGAUGUAACUACUGGAGUAUGUCACUUCUCAGGAAGAAAGAGUCAAGAUGGCAAGGUUUCUUCACUCAAACUUAGUCAGAAAUGGACAAAAAAUACAGCAGGUGACAAUGGUAUGAUUGGCUUCUCCAGAUUAAUAGAAAAUGAAAAACUAUUGACUUUUGCAAGCUUAGACGACUAUUCUUCUGAAGAUAUUGGGGAUGAAGAGUUCUGUGAUGAUCAGCUGGAGACCUACUUUGAGAAGCUGGCACUGCCUGAAAUGCAAGUGGAUGAUAUUGAAGUCGACGAACAUGACAAACAUAUAAAAGCGAUGAUGGAAUUGCUUCCAGAAGAGGAAGAUGAGUUCCCAGUUCUUGAACAGGAUCUGUUACAAAAUGUUAGUUGUGAUAAACCUCCUGAAAUGGAAAGAAUCACAUCAGAAACAUCCAAUACAACAACAAAAGAUUCACAGCUGGCCAGUUUUGAUGUAGUAGGUGUUCUUGACUGUGAUAAUGAAGUUGGAACCAACUUAAAAGCAAAUACGUUCAAAAAUGGCAGAAAUGCAAGAGAAGAUACUGAAAAUCGGAUUCCAUGUGUUUCUACUGAAAGUUCUUCUUAUGAUAGGGAUGUCCCAAACACAAUCAGCUGCACUGAAUUAAACGUAGAUUCUCUAUAUUUUAAAUGUAUUGAUGGUAACAAUCCCUCUGAGCUCUGGCACACAGAAGAUCAAGCCCAGUGUUCUGACCUGUAUGAAGUUGCCAAUGAAAGCAGCGUUCCUCUAGCGGAUGAGUAUCUAUCCCCAAGUACUUGUCAGAGAUCAGACCAGUAUCAAGAUCCUGUAGAAGAGGAGUCAUCUCAAAAUGUUGUAUAUCAAAACGAAGAGGGUAGAUGGGUGACAGAUCUUGCAUACUACACUUCAUUUAAUGAAGAACACGUCUCUGAUCCCUUGAACACAAGUGGAAAGUUUGUAACGGGAUCUGAAGCAGUUGAUAUGAUUGCCAAAGAUCAAGAAGAAUUUGAGAACGAGCACAGAUUUAUGCAGGAAGAGCAAAUGGAUUCACGUAAUGCGUCUGGAUUAGGAGAUACAUCAUGGAAAUCAAUUAGUAGCUAUAAUGCACAAAGAGCUUCGCAAGCAGAAGGUUUCAGCAAGGAUGCCAGCUAUUUACGGCUGUCUCUUGGAGAGUUUUUUGGUCAAAGAUCUGAAGCUCUUGGUUGUCUUGGAGGAGAUGGUGAUGUGAAGAGACCAUCUUUUGGAUAUCAUAUUACUUCUCCAGAAAAGAGACAGCCUGUAGCUUUGCUUGGUGAAUCCAGUGUAUCCAACGGCAGCUCUGAUGAACCAACUAAACAGUUGUCUGAUACUGAUCAAGGAAAUGUAGAAGACAGCAUUAAAAAGAAACUGCACACUGCUUCAACGACUUUCAUUCUUGCUGAAAAGGACACCGUAGCUGGCAAAAAUAUAAACAUAAAAACGGAUACCAAAAGCAAAACUCAGGACAAAACUGGAAAAAGAAAUGUUGAAAGAGUGCACCCGGAGCUAAAGCCACCUGUGCUGAGAAUAAGCACAAUUGCAUCUGCUAUUUCAAAUGCUUCUGUUAGUGCUGAACCUUCACAGUUAGCAGCUAUGAUAAUGGCACUUUUAAAUAACAGUAGAGAGAGUGCCAUUCUUGAAGAUGGCAAACUUGGAGACUUCUCUGUGAUCAGUCAGUUUUUAGCCAACAAUGAAGGAAAUAGUACAUUUGAUAUUGAGAAGUAUCUCAGGAAAACUGAAGAGGAGAAUAAGACCAGCCUGUUUAAUCCUGAGGACAUUAGCACAGACUGGCAUCGAUCUUUGCAUAAACAAGAACAUAAAAAGUCUCCUGCAGAAGACUUGUCCAAAAACAAUUUGUUUAAAAAGCAUGGAAAAGAAGAACAGCACCUGGAAAGAGGGUGUGAAGGAAACCACUCCAAGGAUUCAUGUUGUGAUACAACUUCUUCCAAAAAGAACGUUAGCACACGUUCUCUGGGUCCAUGUUUAGAAGAAAAAUAUAAUACAAAUGAUGACAUUCAGUCAAAACAGCACACCUCCGUUGCACCAGGUUCAAAAGAGAGCUCUGGGUGUGCAGAAGUGCUUUGGGAGGGGAGUGUAACAAAGAUACCACGUGCCAAUCACUCUGAAUCAGAAAAUAGAACUAGCACAAGUGCUUCACCCCUGAACAUAAAGACUGCGUCAGUAUUGGUUCCUUCUCUUCCUGCGAAUCCUCAUGAAGAAAAGGUUACACAUGAAAUUCAGUACAAAAACAAGCAUGAUGGGAGUGUCUUGAAAAAGAAUACUGCAUGUAGCAGUGAAAAGCAUGUGACUUUUGAAAAAUCACCUAUUGAUGACCAGAAAUUUGCUGGUGAAGGUCUUGCAGAGACUGAACAGAAGUCUACAUCUCCAAUACUCUGUAUGCCGAUUUCAGACGAACAAUGCAGUUUCAGGCCUUCAACCUCUCCUCUUACUCAUUCAUCUCCAAGUGAAGCUUCUGGAACAACCCUUUCAGAAUGUGAUGUUACAACGCCUAAUUUUAAACAAACAUCUUGCAGUGACAGUACAUUACCUCAGUCAGUAUAUUCUAGUCCCACCUUGGGCCAGUUGACCUUUGUCUCUGCUUCUGAGAACACAGAUAAGACUUCAGUUUUUUCUAGUCCCAGGAGGGGUCAGAGUGAUGACAAUAAUGAGUUGAGCACAACAAUAGUUUGGACGAGUCCACCUUCAGCAUUGGAGCAGGACACUGAAAAAAAGAACAUUGCUUUGCAAACAAACCAAAAACCCUCCGUAAGCCCUACUCAAAGAAGUCUUACUAAGAAACUAGAGGCAGCUGAAUCUACAAAGCAUAAUAAGCAAUCUGAGGACCAGAAAUUGUCAGCAGAAUGUGCAUCAGAAAGCAAACAGCAGUGUUCACGCUUUUGUCCUGAUGUCGCACCUAGUAACAAGGAACUCGGUCAGGCUGGUAUUCCUGUACCAUGUCACAUCUAUACAAAUGUAGCACAUGGACUGGGCUUACCCUCUCUAAAUACGUCGCCAUCCUUCCAAGGUUUGGAUGGCUGUAUUCCCUUAAAUAAAAAUGCAUCAGACUUGAAGUCUCAUAAUGCUGCUUCCAAGAAUCCAGCAGUACCGUCUGUGAUGCCAACCUUGUUAACAGGAUGUUCCCUUCGAGCCACUCCAUUUGCCCAACAGUAUGUGGGAAACUUGCCAUCAAGUGCAAACGUUGCUCUGCCUCAGUAUCCUCUCAGUUGUCCUCACGUUUUUGGUCUUCCAACAGGACUGAUUUAUUCUAGCAUCCCUGUGGGUCAUGUUCCAAACUCACUGUCUGCAGGAAUGGCCCUGGGUCCAGAUGUUAGGUUUGGAUUGUUGGGUGCAAGUCAACAUUACAAGUUUACAUCCAGUCCACCUAUUCUUAAUAGCAAAUCAGCGACAAUGCAAAUAGCUGAUGUGGCUGGUCCUAGACGAUGGGAAACAUCUGUGCCAUUUGAAUAUGAGCAUGUGAAAGUACCAGAAGAGAUAAAAUUCUGCAACGCUUGUUGUGUGGGGCUUUCAUCACAAACAGUCCUUAGCAUUCUUAAUCCGUCUGAACGCUGGCUACAAGUCUGCAUUGAUCUGCGUAGCAUUACUGUUAAUGGGGAAAAGAUGGAACCUCUGAAGCAUGGAUGCCUGCUAUUUAAAAACAAAACCAUCAUUGGACCGUGCACUACAGAAGAUAUAAAAAUGCUGUUCUUACCUUGUCAAGAGGGAGUCUUCCAGUGUGUUCUCAGCGUUGCCUCUUGGCCAUUUUCUGCAGAUGCAGAGACAAUAGUCCAGGCAGAAGCUUUAGCAGCUCGGGUUAUCUUGAAUGCAGUUGCUGAAACUCCCGAACUUGAGGUGGAAGUAAACCAACUUGACUUUGGCGAUCUGGCAUUUGGCAACUGGAAAGCUCUUCCACUAAAACUGAUUAAUAAGACGCAUGCUAGAGUGCCAAUCAGACUUGUUAUCAACGCAAAUGCUGUUGCAUGGCGGUGUUUCACGUUUUCCAAGGAACCCAUUAAUCUUCCCAUUAAAAGUACAGUCCAGACAUACAACAUCUCUCAGCUAGCAGCUCCUUCAGUGAUCUCCCAUGUCAUGAAUCCAAGCUACAAUGAGCAGGAUCCUGAAGCUGUAGUCAUUUGGGUUCAGUUCCAUGCACCAAGCAAGCGCAUCUCUUCAGAUUUUUUGGGGCCACCAGAUAAAUACUUGGCAAGAAUUGAUGUGGAAGUUGAUUGUCCAGCGCCUGUUAACAUUUUAAGUAUUCCUGUGUGUGCAAGAUGUGGAACGCCUAGAAUAUAUGCGCCAAAGGCUCUGCAGACUUUAUAUAUGUCUGCCAGAAUAGGAUCAUCAGUAAGACAGCAGCUGCCUCUAAGGAAUGCUGGGAAUAUUAGAGUUGAUUUAAAGAUCAUGAUGCUGGAACCAAGCAACAGUAUCUCUGUUGAGCCUGAGGAAAUGACCCUUGUACCUGAGGAAGAGCAAGAAGUGACAGUUCAGUUCUCCCCAAAGGACCAUAGAAGUGUUGAAAGUACUGUGAAAAUUUGCGUGUUGCCUUCUGGGCCAGAGUAUAAAGUGACUGUGAAAGCAGGAGUACCUGUGGUGGAGAGCAAACCUUUGACACAAAUAUGCCACAACUCAGAAGUUCCCCCUAUCCUUGCUAACAAGCAGCUUGUGGCAUGGGGCGGAGUACAACUAGGCAGGACAGCUCAACAGAAAUUAACUCUGAGAAAUGACUCUCAGACCCAGACCCAGCAGUUACGAUUGUUGAUAAGGGGUCAAGAUCAGGACUGUUUUCAGAUGAAACUUGGAGAACACGUGUACAGCGACUGUGAAGUCAAAAUCCGACCAAAACAUGAUUAUAGUGUGUCCUUAAUGUUUACACCAUCUCGUUUAGCUUGCAUGUUGGCAAAGCUUGAAAUGAAACAACUUGGUUUUCCAACUCAACUACGAGUCAAGUUCACUAUACCCUUGUAUGGAUAUGGGGGCAAAAGCAGUGUAAUUUUAGCAAAUGUGAAAAAAUACUGCAGCAGAAAUCUGGUGGAACUGAAUGAGCGGUCACCUGGGAAAACAAGCCAGGUUUCUUUCUCUGUAAGAAAUACAGGGUGUCGGGCUGCCUAUGUUAAAGCAGUGUGCUUUAGGAAUUUCUGUGAAAGAAUUCCUAUGGAUCCAAAUUUGUUGAGGGUAUUUCCAGAGAAGUUUGUCCUUAAAGAAGGUGAGGAGCAGAAUGUUACAGUAAUGUGCAGUUCCGUUGAAAGUGAGCAAACUAAUACAUCAGUGUUAUCUACAAUUUGCUUCUUCUAUGGAGAUGAAAUAUCAAGACAGCAGUACAUCAGAGUUAUCCGCCAUAAUCCACAGCAGGGACAAAAUAUAUUGCCUGCUAAUAAUCCAGUGAUAAAUAUAAAGUUUGAUGAAGAGUUCCCCAGAGAAGAACUGGUGACUGAAGUGUGCGAUCUUCCACAACAAACAAAUGAUAUCCAGUGUUUUUUCAUAAACAUGCGGAGGAUUCUUCUUGAUGUUCAUAAAGCAUCGCCUACAGCUUCUUUGAAUAUCUUGUCACCUUCAGAACAUCAUGUGGCAUUGAAUAGGCCUGGUAUGUCUGAGAAGCAAAGCAUGACUCUUGACAUACUGCCUGUUAAAGAACCUCAUGGGUGUGUACUUCCAUCAAAUACUAAAAACCAAAAUGAGAAUAAUCUUUCUCAGGAGACCUGGACUGUGCAACCUGAACUUCUGAGCCUUUCAGCUCCUUCUCUGAGUGGAACCACAGACACGAGACAUACACAAAUAACCAACAAUUCAAACAGAUUGCUGAAGUUUGAGCUCUCGUGGCCUGCUCAUUGUCUUACAAUAACGCCUCAACAUGGAACUAUUGAGCCUGGGAGCUGUAUUACAAUUCAUGUGAGCCCAAAUCCAUCACUUGCAGAAAACAAAUCGAUAUUUCCAUGGAGUGGUCUCAUUUACAUACAUUGUGAUAAUGAACAAAAGUUCAUUAGAGUACAGAUUCAUGAGAAUACCUCAGAACAAUCUAGAAAGAAUCCAACAGCUCCUACUUUAGGUCCCCGUCACCAUCACAUUGAGCUUCCUGUUAACAUAAUAAAGCCACUUCAGAAGCCACCUUCUACACGUAUUGAGAUAAAAAAUCGGACUCUGGUUUUUCCCAAGACAAAGUCUGGCAAAAACUCUGAGAAAUUCCUAGAGUUUGAAAAUAAUGGGGAUGAAAAUGUUAAGUGGUUUUUGACAUCUUUUGCACCCCCUUAUGUAAAGGGUGUAGACGAAAGUGGAGAGGUUUAUCGGGCCACCUAUACAGCUUUUCAGUGUUCAUGUAGUUCUGGUAUACUUGAAGCUCAUGGGAAAGAAAAAGUUGUAGUCACUUUUUUGCCAAGAGACAGAGGUGAUUAUUCUCAGUUCUGGGAUCUUGAGUGUCACCCACUUCAUGACCUUCACCUGAAAGACAAACACAGACUUCAGUUUUCUGGAGUGGGUACUGCAGAAAAUGAAGCUUUCAAGAACGAAGCGUCCUCUACUUUAGUAAAAGUAAAUGUCCCAGUUACAGCCCAAAGAAGAGAUCAUCCUGACACAUCUGAUCCCAAAUCUGGCAGGAAAGGAGUGUAUGUCCAAGAUGGUGUUCAUACAUUUCCUCCAACAAGGAUUGGCGAAUCAAGCAUGCUGAAAAUCCGUGUACAAAAUUAUUCCAACUCUUCAGCCGCGCUGAAUUUUUUAAGACCCAGGGAGCCUUUUUACAUCAAGCAUUCCCGUUAUAACUUAAGGUGUCAUCACUACUGCAACUUACCAGUCUUCUUCAGGCCUGUGUCUGCAGGCAUUUUUAAAAGCUUGUUAGUGGUACAAACCGAGAAAAAUUGUAUACUCACCAUUCAGCUCAUUGGUGAGGGCUUGCCACAACAGUAGCCAUUAGCUGUUAUUAACAAUGCUAAAUUCACAGAUGAAUUACUGAAUUGGCAAGCUUCUUUUUGCUACAUUAAAAUGAUAUUCUGUAGGAAACUGGUGCGUUGUAAUUUUUAAUAAAGUAAUUUUGUAAAGGUAUCAUGUGACUUACACUACUGCACUUUGGCUGUCAGAAACAGAUCUCUUUUGUAUUGUCUACAAGUUAUGAUGUUUGUUUUAAACUCAGAAUUUCAAAAAUAAAAUUUUUCUUGUAA